UUUUUUUUCCUUCUCCUUUUAUUUUCUUUUCCUUCUCUCUUCAUUCUCAACUCUUCUUCCUUGGAUUUUCCAUGAAGCUUAAGGGUCUUCGAGCUGGAUUGUUGUCUGUUUGGCUAUCUGGGUUUCUCCUAAUUGCUCUCUCUUUCUACGGCACUCAGCUUCUUUCUCCUUCUUCUCUCGAUGGCCCUUUCAGAUACUCUACCCGUUCCAUUGCUGCUGCUCCCAGAAUCACCAUUUUCACUGCUCUCCAUAGCUUGGAUGAAGGUAGCCAAGCUUUGUUGGGUAUUCGUUCAUGGCUCGCUUUGUCUUCCCAAGUCACUGUGGUUUUAUUCUCUCAACACAACAACUCUUCUUCUUAUUCUUCCUUCACCGACAAAUUUGGUUCUCGUCUUCUUCUCGAUUCCACCAUUGAUUUCACGUUUCUUGGCACUCCAUUUUUACACUCAAUGUUGGCUAGAAGUGAAGCAUAUAAAUCUGAUAUAGCUGUUCUGAUGGAUCCAGAGAUUGUAUUACUGCCAGAUUUCGUUUCUGCUUUGAAUCAUGCUCACAAGCUUGAUCGUGACUGGCUUCUUGUUUCUUCAUCUGUGGAUGUUCCCCGUUUCCCGUUCCAUUGGGACGAAACAGGACAUUUCUGGCGACAGGACAAUGGGAAAAGGGUGAGAUUUGGAGAGUUGCAGAAGAUCAUAAGUAGUUUGCAGAGUUGGCAAUCAAAUUCUAGUGAAGGCAAAAUGAUUAUGGCAUGGAACAAUGUUGAUGAACCCUUGCACUGUGGAGUACUUCCUCCGUUUCUGUAUCAAAGAGGAACUCACAAUCAAUGGAUCAUAAGUGAGGCUGUGUCAUGUAAAAGAAGGUUUGUGUUUGAUGCUACUUCGACCAUAUCGAGCUUUUUCCUAGGCAAUGCAAAGAAUAGGAGUGAUAAAUAUAAUGUCUCCGAACCCAAAACAAGAAAUUGGGAAUAUAUAGGAAACUCCCAUCUCGGGCAGCUCUAUGGGUCAUUGUUCUCUAAGUCUUAUACUCUCCCUAAGCUUUUGAAGUGCAACAAGCGCUAUAUGUUCGUCAGCGCUUUAGAUCGUUCUGUUGAUCUGUCUAUGCUAGAAGGAAAGAGUGUAGGAUUUCGUACGCGAGAGAAGAUCUCAGCUUGUAUCAGUAGAACUAAAUCAAGGAGCUUGAAAAUAGAUUUUGUACAGAAGGAUAAGGCAGUGCCACUAUUGAAGUUUCCUUUUGACCUGCAGUCUCUUCUCCCAUUAGUAGCAGACAAGAACAGAACUGUUGUUCUUUCAAUUGCUGGGUAUAGCUAUAAGGACAUGCUGAUGAGUUGGGUCUGCAGAUUACGCCGCCUCAAAGUUCCAAAUUUUUUAGUUUGUGCCCUUGAUGAUGAAACUUAUCAGUUUUCUAUUUUGCAGGGUCUGCCAGUUUUCUUUGAUCCAUACGCUCCAAAGAACAUCAGCUUCAAUGACUGCCACUUUGGAUCAAAAUGUUUCCAGAGAGUGACCAAAGUUAAGUCAAGAACAGUUCUGAAGAUAUUGAAGCUGGGCUAUAACGUUAUCCUGAGUGAUGUAGAUAUAUAUUGGUUCAGAAACCCGUUGCCUCUGCUUCAGUCUUUCGGUCCUUCUGUUCUCGCUGCACAAUCCGAUGAGUACAACACAACAGUACCUAUAAACAGACCAAGGCGCUUGAACUCGGGAUUCUACUUUGCACGUUCGGAUGGCCCGACAAUAUCAGCAAUGGAGAAGGUGGUGAAGCAUGCUGCAACCUCUGGUUUAUCGGAGCAGCCUAGCUUCUACGACACUUUAUGCGGAGAAGGUGGAUCAUAUCGUGUGGGAGACGAUAGAUGCCUUGAACCAGAGACAAAUGUGACAGUUCAGUUCUUGGACAGAGAGCUAUUCCCAAACGGAGCUUACGGAGAUCUAUGGCUGAAGGAAGACGUGAGAGCAGAGUGCGAAAAGAAACAUUGCUUCGUUCUACACAACAACUGGAUAAGCGGGAGACUGAAGAAGCUCGAACGCCAAAUGAUGAGAGGUCUUUGGGAAUAUGACGCAUCCAUGAGGAUGUGUGUAUAGGAUAAGGUUAUACAAGUUAGAUACGACGCUCUUAGUUUUGGAUAUAGGUAUACAAAAAUUGUGUUAAAUUUAUUGUAUUGUAUUAUGAAAAAAGUAGUUUUAGGAAUAUUAUGAACUUGUAUACUCCAAAAUAUUGUUGGUAGCCAUUGAUAAAAGAAUAUAACUGAUUUUGAGUUUGGAUU